CGUCACCUUCUUUCCAGUUUCAACGGAAACUGUCGGAAUCGCAAGGUUUCUGUGAACAUUUUUCCACUUGGAAUGGGUUGUUUGGUCAGUAGAGUCGUUCAGAUCACGCGACUGGGACUGUGGUUCCAUUGUCAAAGGUGCGGAAGGAAGAAGAGAAAAACGUAGUACGAUGGCCACUAAUUUGAACAGUGUUCGACCUUUUGGUCUAUAUAUAAUCCUUCGUGAUGAAGGUCACUCUCCAUCCACUCAGAUCUGCUCAGCAAUUCUUGCUCUGGUUUGGAGAGAGAAAAGUAGGUCAAGAAGGACAAGAUGUUUAUGAAUGGUUUCGAGAAGAAUGAAACAGAUUAUUCUGAAGCUGUUGAAGUUGUUGAUACGACCACGGUUAAGAUGGAUCCUGGGAAUCCCCCACAACUGGCCUGGCAAAGAAAAUUAACUGAUGAGGGGAAGGGUAUCACAGAAUUUACUCUAACUAUGAUGGAGAAGCUCCAUUUAGGUCCGAUGGUUUUGAAAUUGUGUCAUAGCUACAUCACAGAAACUUUGAAAGGACGGAGUGCCAGUUAUAAUCCCUUCAAGAAGUGGGAGGCUGCAUCUUCUUUGGGCGUUCCUUUAGGUGGCAUUGGUGCAGGAAGCAUUGGAAGAAGUUACAAAGGAUAUUUUCAAAAUUGGCAAUUGUUUCCUGAAGUUUGUGAAGAAAGCCCUGUCUUAGCUAAUCAGUUUUCUGUUUUCAUUUCACGACCCGGUGGCAAGAGGUAUUCUAGUGUAUUGUCUCCAAGAAAUGCACAAAUUCCUAGAGGGAGUAGAAAUCCUGGUAUUGAAUCUUGGGAUUGGAACCUCAGUGGGGAAAAAUCUACUUAUCAUGCUUUAUAUCCAAGAUCAUGGACUGUCUAUGAUGGUGAACCUGACCCUGACCUCAAAAUAACGUGCCGGCAAAUUUCACCAGUCAUACCCCAUAAUUAUCAACAAAGUAGCUAUCCUGUUGCAGUUUUUACAUUCACUUUAUUCAAUUCAGGAAAGACACCUGCAGAAAUCACUCUACUUUUUACAUGGGCUAACUCUGUAGGUGGGAGCUCUGAAGUUUCUGGGAAUCAUUCCAACUCCAGAAUAAUUCUACAAGAUGGCAUCCGUGGAGUGCUUUUACACCACAGAACGGCAAAUGAACGACCUCCAGUGACAUUUGCAAUAGGUUGUCAAGAGACACCUGAUGUUCAUGUUUCAGAAUGCCCUUAUUUCAUAAUAUCUGGAAAUGCACAAGGAUUUACAGCAAGUGAUAUGUGGGAAGAAAUUAUAAAGCAUGGGUCCUUCGAUGAGCUAAAUGGAAAUGAAACACCAAACCCCUCAGAUCCUGGAUCGUCCAUUGGAGCAGCUGUUGCAGCUUCAGUGACUGUUCCUGCCCAAGCAGUUCGUAGUGUUACAUUUGCUUUGUCAUGGGCUUGUCCCCAAGUAAAAUUUAUCAAUGGAAGAACCCAUCACAGGCGUUACACCAGAUUUUAUGGUUCUAGUGAAGAUGCUGCUGCAAAUCUUGUGCAUGAUGCCAUUAUUGAUCAUGGCAAUUGGGAGGCACAGAUUGAAGAUUGGCAAACACCCAUAUUACAGGACAAGAGUCUUCCUUCUUGGUACCCAACUACUCUUUUCAAUCAACUCUACUUUCUCAAUGCUGGUGGAGCAAUUUGGACUGAUGGAUUGCCUUCUAUCUUGAAUCUAGUUAGCAUUGAAGAAAGGAAAUUCCACCUUGACCCUUCAAGCUUAAAUAAGAAAAUCAAGACUGAUAACAUAGUAAAUAACACCGCCACUAGUAUUCUUACCAACAUGGCUUCAUUGUUUGAGGGUGUGCAGUCUCCUAUGGUGUCAAAGGCUGCGUUGGGUACAUCAUUGCUUCUCGAGGGAGAAGAAAAUGUUGGGCAAUUUCUAUAUCUCGAAGGAAGCGAGUAUCAUAUGUUCAACACUUAUGAUGUUCAUUUUUACUCGUCUUUCUCUCUCCUAAUGCUAUUUCCAAAACUUGAGUUAAGUAUCCAAAGAGACUUUGCUAUGGCAGUGCUGAUGCAUGACCCUGAGAAGAUCAAACCCAUUCAUGGUCACAAGAAGGUUCCACGAAAGGUUUUUGGAGCAGUUCCUCAUGAUAUUGGACAAAAUGAUCCAUGGUUUGAGACAAAUUCUUAUAACCUCCAUGACCCGAAUAAAUGGAAAGAUCUUAAUCCAAAAUUUGUUCUUCAAGUGUAUAGAGAUGUCGUGGCUACAGGUGACAAAUCUUUUGCCCAUGCCGUUUGGCCUUCUGUUUACAUUGCAAUGGCUUAUAUGGAUCAAUUUGACAAAGAUGGAGAUGGAAUGAUUGAAAAUGAUGGUGGCCCUGAUCAAACAUAUGAUAUGUGGUCAGCUUAUGGGGUGAGUGCCUAUACCGGAGGUCUUUGGGUAGCUGCUUUACAGGCUGCUUCAGUCUUGGCUCGUUUAGUUGGUGAUGAAGCUUCUGAAGAUUAUUUCUGGAACAGAUAUUUAAAGGCAAAAUCUGUUUAUAGCAAAUUAUGGAAUGGGUCUUAUUUCAAUUAUGACAGCAGUGGGUAUCAAAACUCAGCAAUCCAAGCUGACCAAUUGGCUGGACAUUGGUUUGCCAAAGCGUCUGGUCUUCAGCCUAUUGUUGAUGAAGAGAAAGCCAGAAGUGCACUUGCAAAGAUUUAUGAAUUCAAUGUCUUAAAAGUGAUGAACGGAAAGAUGGGAGCCAUUAAUGGAAUAAAACCAAAUGGUGAGAUUGGAUCAUUAGGAUUGCAAGCUAGAGAAAUAUGGUCUGGAAUUACAUUUGCUGUUGCUGCUACCAUGAUCCAAGAAGGCAUGACAGAGCAAGCCUUCAAAACUGCACAGGGGAUCCACGAAGCUGCUUGGUCUUCUGAAGGAUUUGGGUAUGCUUUCCGGAUACCUGAAGCAUUGAAUGUUAAGGGCGAGUACAGGUCGCUAAACUACAUGCGUCCAUUAGCCAUAUGGGCUAUGCAAUGGGCGUUGCAUCCACCCAAGCUUCUUGAGCUGGAACCCAGGCCUGAUAACAAGCAGAUUGAUCCUUCUCUCAGCAACAAGGAAUUUUCAAAAAUUGCAAGUCUUCUAAAAUUUCCAGAAGAAAAACCUACUCCAACUCUUCUUUCAGUCUUCCUUGACAUUAUUCAUGAGCUGGUAAGAAGACAUUAGCUCAAUCUUCUGAUAAACAGUUUAAAAAAAAAACUUUGUACUGGUGACAUAUUAUUAUUUGAUAUUUUUAUUCAUUUGUUAUUGGUAAAAUAUAUAUAUGUUAAGAUGGGUAAAGUGUUUCUUGGAAAAUAUGUGUAAUUAAUGGUUAAAUGUACAGUAAAUAAGUAUGAAUUCGACUGAAAUUUUAUCCCUUUUUUUUCUAUGAUUUAUAUAAAGAUAUUUAUGAAUA